GUGGCACUGGGAACGCUUGUAUAAAGAUCGGCUAGGCUUCUCCGUAGUGAUCCCAUUGUCAUCUCCAUCUAACUGGACAGCCAGCAACUUAUUGUCUCCUAGAGACGCCAGCAGUUGAGUACCUUUUGGGGAAGCCCAUCACUCAAUUGGCCAUCAUGGGGGACGAUAGUGAGUGGAUGAAGCUUCCCAUCGACCAAAAAUGUGAACACAAGGUGUGGAAAGCCCGUCUGAAUGGUUAUGAGGAAGCCCUGAAAUUGUUUCAGAGGAUUGAAGAUGAGAAGAGUCUAGAGUGGGGGAAGUACCUUGGACUGAUAAAGAAGUUUGUCACUGACUCAAAUGCUGUGGCUCAGCUUAAAGGCCUGGAGGCUGCCCUGGCCUUCAUUGAGAAUGCCCAUGUAGCUGGCAAGACGACAGGAGAGGUGGUGUCUGGUGUGGUGACCAAAGUGUUCAACCAGCCAAAGGCCCGGGCUAAGGAGCUGGGCACAGACAUCUGUCUGAUGUACAUUGAGAUAGAGAAGGCUGAGGUGGUUCAGGAUGAGCUUCUAAAAGGACUGGACAAUAAGAACCCAAAAAUAGUGGUGGCCUGCAUUGAGACGCUCAGGAAGACUCUCAGUGAGUUUGGAUCUAAGAUAGUGACGUUGAAGCCAGUAGUGAAGGUUUUACCCAAGCAGUUUGAGUCCAGAGAGAAGGCGGUGAGAGAUGAAGCUAAGCUGCUUGCUGUAGAGAUCUACAGAUGGAUCCGAGAUGCUCUGAGACCUUCACUGCAGAACAUCAACUCUGUGCAGCUGAAGGAGCUGGAGGAGGAAUGGGGGAAGCUGCCUUCAUCUCCUCCCAAGCAAACCAGGUUCCUGCGCUCCCAGCAGGACCUGAAAGCAAAGUUUGAACAGCAGCAAACCCAAGGAGGAGCACAGUCUGAAGGAGAGGAUGUGACAGAAACGGUAGCAGCAGUGGAUCCUUAUGAACUGCUGGAAGCUGUGGAGAUUUUGUCCAAGAUGCCCAAAGACUUCUAUGAGAAAAUAGAAGCUAAAAAGUGGCAGGAAAGGAAGGAAGCUCUGGAGGCUGUAGAUGCUCUGACCAGGAACCCCAAACUAGAGAAUGGAGACUAUGGAGACCUUGUCAGAGCAUUGAAGAAGGUUGUGGGAAAAGAUGCCAACGUGAUGCUGGUGUCAAUGGCAGCUAAAUGUCUGGCUGGUCUGGCUGCUGGUCUCAGGAAGAAAUUUGGAACAUAUGCAGGACAAGUUGUUCCAACUAUUCUGGAGAAGUUCAAGGAGAAGAAGCCUCAGGUUGUCCAGGCCCUACAAGAGGCUAUUGAUGCCAUUUUCCUCACUUGCACUCUUCAGAACCUUUCGGAGGACAUCCUAGCUGUGAUGGACAAUAAGAACCCUUCCAUCAAGCAGCAGGCCUCUCUGUUUCUAGCCCGCUCCUUCAGACACUGCACACAGGCAACACUGCCCAAGAGCAUCCUCAAACCCUUCUGUGCUGCUCUCAUUAAGCAAGUGAAUGAUUCUGCUCCAGAGGUGCGGGAUGCGGCCUUUGAAGCUUUGGGGACAUCCAUGAAAGUGGUGGGAGAGAAAGCUGUGAACCCUUUCUUGACUGACUUGGAUAAACUCAAACUGGAUAAGAUAAAGGAGUGUGCUGAUAAAGUGGAGCUACCUGGAGGGAGGAAGGGUACUGCAGCAGCAGGAGGAGGUGGCGGCAGUGGUGGUGGAGGAGGAGUGGGCGACAGGAAGUCUGCAGCUAAAGCGCCUCCCCCUGCUGAAGUUCCACCCAAAUCCUCUGCCCCAUCCAAGAAGUCCCAAACCGCUGCUACCAGCAAGCUGUCAACAGGUCCAACUAAGAGAGGCAAACCAACCUCUGCAGGUGGUGGAAAAACCAAGAGGACCCCUGACAGUAAAGAAAACACAGAGAGUGAACUGUCGGCUGAGGUGUGUGAGGAGCUGGCAGCAAGUGUACUUCCUGUUUCCUGUCUGCAGCAGCUUGACUCAGCUAACUGGAAGGAGAGACUGGCUAGUAUGGAGGAGUUCCAGAGGGUUGUUGAGACCAUGGAUAAGGGGGAGAUGCCCAGCCAGGCCUUAGUCAGAAUGUUGGCCAAGAAACCAGGCUGGAAGGAGACCAACUUUCAGGUGAUGCAGAUGAAGCUGCACAUUGUGGCUCUUAUAGCACAGAAAGGACCGUUUUCAAAGACAACAGCCUCUGUGGUUUUGGAUGGCUUGGUGGAUAAGGUCGGAGACAUCAAAUGUGGUGGAAAUGCAAAAGAGGGACUCACAGCUAUUGGAGAGGCCUGCUCUCUUCCAUGGACUGCAGAACAGGUUGUCUCUAUGGCAUUUGCACAGAAGAACCCCAAAAACCAGGCAGAGACUCUCAACUGGCUGGCUAAUGCAAUGAAAGAGUUUGGCUUUGCUGGUAUCAAUGUGAAGGGUUUCAUCAACAACGUGAAGACAGCUCUGGGAGCGACAAACCCUGCUGUUCGUACAGCAGCCAUCACCCUGCUGGGGGUCAUGUACCUUUACAUGGGAGCUCCUCUACGCAUUUUCUUUGAAGAUGAAAAGCCUGCUCUCCUUGCACAGAUUGAUGCUGAGUUUGAAAAGAUGCAGGGCCAGUCUCCUCCACCUCCAGUCAGAUUCACCAAGAAGACAGCGGUGGAGGAGGUGGGUGAUGAAGGAGAUGAGCAGGAAGAAGACGGAGGAGGAGGACAGGACAUCAUGGAUCUACUGCCCAGAACAGAUAUCAGUGACAAGAUCACAUCCGACCUGGUGUCUAAAAUUGGGGAUAAGAACUGGAAGAUCAGGAAGGAGGGUCUGGAUGAAGCAGCAGCCAUCAUAUCGGAGGCCAAGUUCAUCACAGCCAACAUCGGAGAGCUACCUCUGACCCUGAAAGGACGACUCAGUGAUUCCAACAAGAUCCUGGUCCAGCAGACCCUGACUAUCCUGCAGCAGCUGGCUACAGCCAUGGGACCUGGGCUUAAGCAGCAUGUUAAAUCACUGGGAAUCCCUAUUAUCACUGUACUAGGGGACAGCAAGCUUAAUGUGAGGAUGGCUGCCAUGACCACUCUGCAGGCCUGGGUGGAGCAGACUGGGAUGAAGGAAUGGCUGGAGGGAGAAGACCUUUCAGAGGAGCUGAAGAGAGAGAAUCCCUUCCUACGACAAGAGGUGCUUGGCUGGUUAGCAGUGAAGCUCCCCACCCUCAGGACAGUACCUGGGGAUCUGAUGCUGUUUGUCCCUCACCUUUAUGCCUGCCUGGAGGACAGAAAUGGAGAUGUGAGGAAGAAAGCUCAGGACGCCCUGCCCACCUUCAUGAUGCACCUGGGCUAUGACAAAAUGACCAAGGCUACAGGAAAACUCAAACCUGCUUCUAAGGAUCAGGUGUUAGCCAUGUUGGAAAAGGCCAGAGCAGUGGUGCCAGCCAAACCUGCUGCUCCUGCCAAAACUGGAGGGGGAAAAGGCUCUGCAGAGCCUGGCAGAGCUGCUUCAGCUUCCAGGUCACAGCCAGCUAGUGAGGACUAUGUUGACAGUAAACCUGAAGUUAAGAAGGUCCGAGGAGGAGUGGCUGCUAAGAAGCCUCCCUCCCCUCCUGAGGAACCUGUCCCUCCCCCUCCCUCCAAGGACAAGGACAGUAAUGCUAGUAAAAAGCCCCCCAGCAAAGGGAAAGCUUCUGCUGCUGGCAGUCAACAGGGUGCAGCUGGUAAGAAGCCUCAAGCCAAAGGCUUGAAGGAUGAUGAAGAUAAAUCCGGACCAAUCUUCAUCCUCAUCCCCAACGCUAAGGAACAGAGGAUUAAAGAAGAGAAGCAACUGAAGAUUCUGAAGUGGAACUUCAUAACUCCUCGAGAUGAAUAUGUGGAGCAGCUGAAAACUCAGAUGUCCAGCUGCUUUGCUAAAUGGCUGCAGGAUGAGCUUUUUCACUUUGACUUCCAGAGACACGUCAAGGCUAUAGGAGUCAUGAUUGAGAGGUUGGAGGGUGAGAGUGAAGCCACUGUCAGCUGUUUGGACCUAAUUCUGAAGUGGUUCACCCUGCGGUUCUUUGACACCAACACCACAGUCCUGAUGAAGGUGCUAGAAUAUCUAAAGCUGUUGUUUGGCAUGCUGAACAAGGAGAACUACCACCUGACUGAGUACGAGGCCAACUCCUUCGUCCCUUACCUUAUACUCAAGGUUGGUGAGUCAAAGGACGUGGUUCGCAAAGAUGUUCGUGCCAUACUGACCAUGCUUUGUAAGGUUUACCCAGCUUCCAAGGUCUUUCCUUUCCUCAUGGAUGGAACUAAGUCCAAGAACUCCAAACAGAGAGCUGAAUGUCUGGAGGAGUUGGGUUGUUUGAUAGAGGGCUAUGGGAUGAAUGUAUGCCAACCGACUCCAGCUAAAUCUCUGAAGGAGAUAGCUGUUCACAUCGGUGACAGAGACACAUCUGUCCGCAAUGCCGCUCUGAACACUGUGGUGGCUGUCUAUAACGUCUGUGGGGAUCAAGUUUACAAACUAAUAGGAAAUUUGUCAGAGAAAGACAUGAGCAUGCUGGAGGAGAGAAUAAAGCGUUCAGCCAAGAAAACUCCUGCAGCUCCCGCCAAGCAGAGUGCAACAGAGAGGUCUCAGAGAGAGCAUCCAACUAAUCCCAAUGCCACCUUUCUCCGCAAGCCUGCACAGGAAGACCCCAACAAAUUAAACCAAGCUCGCCAGAACACCCAGCACAGCGAGUCCUCCCACCCCUCCAUCCCAAAAGAGUUCCAGUUAGACCUGGACAUGAUUGAGAUGGACCAGAGCAGAGUGUGUGAGCUGCCGGACCUUGUCCAACACAAGCUGGAUGAGCUGCUGGAGCCCAUCAUGAUCCCUGAACCCAAGAUGCAUUCUGUCUCUCCCCACUUCGAGGACAUCCACAACAGCACGGCCUCCACCAUCAACUUUGUCAUCUCACAGGUUGCUAGCGGUGACAUUAACACCAGCAUACAGGCACUGGCACAGAUUGACGAGGUGUUGCGGCAGGAGGACAAAGCAGAAGUCAUGUCAGGACACAUUGAUCAGUUCCUCAUUGCUACCUUCAUGCAACUGAGGCUCAUUUACAGCACACACAUGGCUGACGACCGACUGGACAAGAUCGACAUCAUCAAACUUUACAGCUGCAUAAUAGGAAACAUGCUGUCUUUGUUCUCUAUGGAGCCCCUGGCCAGAGAGGCAUCUAUGGGUGUGUUGAAGGACCUGAUGCAUGGCCUGAUAACACUGAUGCUGGAUGGCAGAGUGGAGGACAUAGAAGAUGGACAGCAGCUCAUCAGAUCUGUCAACCUGCUUGUAAUCAGAGUCCUGGAGAAGUCUGACCAGACCAACAUGAUCAGUGCUUUGCUGGUUUUGCUUCAGGACAGUUUAGUCACGACAGCUGGUCCUCCCAUGUUCUCUGAACUGGUCAUGAAGUGUCUGUGGAGGAUGAUACGCUUUCUCCCAGAGACCAUCAACAACAUCAACCUAGAUCGGAUCUUACUGGACGUCCACAACUUCAUGAAGGUUUUCCCUAAAGAGAAACUCAAGCAGCUCAAGAGUGACGUCCCACACAGAACCCUCAAGACUCUUUUACACACACUCUGCAAGCUCACUGGGGCCAAGAUCCUAGACCACCUAUCAAUGAUAGAGAAUCGUAAUGAGUCGGAGUUGGAGGCCCAUCUGAGGCGGGUGGUCAAACACUCUGGAAACCUUUCAGGACUCAAAAGUGACCGAGGCAACGAGAAGACUGGUCUGCGCACGGAGGAUCGAAUGUCAAAGGCAAAAGUUAGUGACAUUCUGUCUGAAAUCUUCAAGAAAAUUGGCUCCAAAGAGAAUACUAAAGAGGGUUUGACAGAGUUGUAUGAGUACAAACAGAAGUACUCAGAUGCAGACCUGGAGCCCUUCCUCAAAAACACAUCCCAGUUCUUUCAGAGCUACGUGGAGCGAGGCCUUCGUAUGAUCGAGUCUGAGAGAGAGGGCAAGACUCGCAUCCAGACCUCAGCAGUUAUCCCUCAGCAUUGUGUGGACUCCAGUCUGAGUAGUAACAAUGAAGAGCUGAAACCAGCUGUUUACUAUGAGAGACUCAAGAUCCUCAGACAGAGACAAGGCCUGGAAAACACCUCCAGGCAGGGUGUUGGAGGAAACGAGGACGAACCCCAGCAGCGACCUCCCAUCUCCUCCCUGCUGUCCUCUAAGCCAUCGGUGGCCUCCUCCACUGACAUGCUCCACAGUAAGUUGUCUCAGCUCAAAGAGUCCAGAGAGAUGUAUCAGCAGGAACACAAUGCACACUCACACUCCCCAACGCAUUCACACACACGCUCAGCCUCUCCGGCAGCCAACCUGGAUGACCUGAAGAAACGUCUGGAGAGGAUAAAGAGCAACCGGCAGUAAGGAGCACCACAUCACCACUUCAUCUCAGCUGUCAUCCAAAGCCUGUGGAGUUCAGCUGAUAGUAGAAAAUACAAUGUCCUCCUUUUCAACUUACUGUGUUUAUAUUCUUGUUCUGGUAGAUGGAAAUAGAAAGCACUUGGACACUAAAGCCCACCCUCUUGUAUCAACAAAUUGGUAGCAACAGACAAACUUUCGAUUCUGAACCUGACUACACCCACUGUGCCUGUAUGUUAUUAGAAAUCAAACACAUACCUAAUCUGAUUGUAGUUAAGUACAUUCAGAUUAAACUAAAGUUAAGUCAACUAAGUAACUGGGAUUUUCAGCCUUUACACACACAUUGCAGAAAACAUCAGUUUUUUUUAGCUGCAAUUCAAGCUUGUUAAAAGGUGUUUUAUUUGGACAUUAAGUCAUUUUUUGUUUUAAUUGUCAACCAUCAGGACAAAAGAGAUGAAAAGCUGAAUCCAGAGUUUAGAAGUGAGUUUUAAUGUUGUGUGCACAGGAUCACAGUCAGCUGCAGUUCUGAGUCUGUAUAGUUAUGAACAAACUGUCACAUCCACCUCACCUGUCCUGUCUCAGGCUUCAUUUUCAGGUUGCCCCCUACCCUCUUCUCUCUGGUGUACACUUUUCACUGCAUUAUAAUAAUGAAAUAGUGAACCUAACCACCUUCUCUGUUUUAGUAUCACAACACAAUAUGUUUCUACAUAUUUAAAGGUUGCUAACCACUUAACUGUUAUAAAGCGCUUCUCAUGUGGUUGCAGGAAAACUCAGAUGUAAAGGAAUGUUGUUUACUCCUGUUUUACCAUGUCGUACCACAUUACUGCUGCUGUGUUUGGAUGGGGAAACAUUGGUCUAAAGAACUUAAGUCAAAUUUGUAUCUGUGUAAAUGGAGCGUAUAAUUGCCCCCUUGUGGCUGAACUCAUACAGUGUCAUAGUAACAGUUUGUAAUUCUCAGUGAUUUCAGCUGAAGUCCUCUUUGCACUGACAGUAUCUAGUGAUUUGGAAUAACUGCAGAAAGUUCACAUUUCCUUUGUUUUUGCAUUAGUAAAACUUCCAUAUUACGGACUGUUGUUUGAAGACCAGGCAAACAACAGCAAAAAGUUGAUGUCUCUUUAAAAAAUAGCACACAUAGCAACUAAGCUACAACACUUAAUUUUAAUCAAAAAAAAAAGUGAUCUCUCUCCAUUUCAGACAUUUGUGCUGUUUCUAUAAGGCAACAAAAUAAGUUGAACAGCAUUUACAGCGACAAGUCAUUCGUCUGCCCAUGAUGGUGUUAAUACUGACAACGCUCUAAAAGCCACUGUUUUGUUCUGAUGUUGAAGGAAAUUUUUACAGUUUGGUCGGGGUUAUAUAUAUCUUGUAAAACUAUCCAGUUUUAUUCUGAAAAAUGUUUUUGCUUUCUACCAAGCGACUGAAAAUGGUUUGUCAGUUCUCCUUUCUUAAGAGAAAAACAUUUUCUUCCCAGACAAACUUGAAGUGAUUAACUGUAGUGUUUUUGGUUGUGGUUAAAACCUGAAUUGGUACACUGAGAAUCACACCCUUCUAAUAGUGAGCUGAGUUUUCUUCAUUCAGGAAGUCCAGACCAAGCAGAGCUGUGUACUAGUGUGUCUAAGUUGUGUGUUGGACUGUGCUGUGGGUUGCCAUUUGGCUGUAAAUACUGUGUGUAAUGUCCUCCAUUAACACCUCCCCUCAGUUGUUUAACAGCAGUCAUGGAACAGGACUAUAGACCCAACAUGGCCAUCACUGUAAAGCACAUCAUCCAAACUUGUUAUAUAUGUAUGGCUCUUUAUCCAGCUGAAGGAAGUUCACUCUGUGUCUGUUGGCUUAAAGAGCAUGGCAUGAAGGCAAUGAUUGUUUUAAUUUUCUCCAUGUAAAUAAAGUUUGCAUUAAUAAAACUGUUUAAGUCAUUGUUUUUCUGAUGAAGGUGAUGAUGAUGGCCCUGUUAGUCAUCUGUUCUGUAGUCAUAUGAGUAAAGAAACACAUAACAUCGUUCUUGUAUUCAAUUCCAAUGUCAGUACUAGUCCUACAUUGUUGCCCUCCAGCU